AUGGGCCCCAAGAGGAAUAACCAGCUUUCUACCAAACAACCAAAUAGUCCCCGACCAACCAAGGACCCUCCAUCCAACUCCCCUCUCCCUCGCUUUUUCGUACUGCACGAGGCGGGGAGGCAGGCCAAGCUCAGCCCAGACCAGGCAGAGGAGUCGCCGAGGUAUCUCGCCUUAUUUUUCUGCCAGCCUCACUACUUACAUGACCACGACUUGAGACAAGAGUCCUGA